AUGUCCAACAAGGCCCUCAUCUUCAAGAAGGUCCCCCAGGGAUAUCCCGUCCCCGGCGAGGACCUGACGGUGGAGCCCGUCGCCUAUGACGCCAGUGUUGCCGCUCCCGCCGACGGUGUUGUCCUCCAGUCGCUUUACACCAGCUUCGACCCUUACAUGCGCGGUCGCAUGCGCUCCGCUGAGGUCAAGUCCUACGCCCCGGCUUUCGAUCUCAACAAGCCCAUCGAGAGCGCCAGCAUCGCCAAAGUCAUCCGCUCCGAUAACGCCCUCUACAAGGAGGGUGAGCUGGUGAUCGGCCAAGUGCCCAUCCAGGAGUACAUCGCGCUGGACGGCAAGCAGCUCGUGCGCAUCCGCAAGCUCGACAACCCUCUGGGCAUUGAGGACAUCCGUGUGUUCCUCGGUGCUCUCGGUAUGCCCGGUCUAACCGCAUACUCCUCGCUGUAUGAGAUCGGCAAGCCCAAGAAGGGCGAAACCAUCUUCGUCUCCGCUGCCAGCGGUGCCGUCGGCCAGCUCGUCGGCCAGCUUGCUAAGCACGAGGGUCUGCGCGUGAUCGGUUCCGUCGGCUCCGACGAGAAGCUCGAGUACAUCACCAAGGAGCUUGGCUUCGAUGGCGGCUUUAACUACAAGAACGAGAAACCCGCCGAUGCGCUAGCCCGUCUUGCCCCCGAGGGCGUGGAUAUUUACUACGAGAACGUCGGCGGUGAGCACCUCGAGGCUGCUCUGGACGCGAUGAACAACUUUGGCCGUGUCGUCGUCUGCGGUCUGAUCUCGCAGUACAACUCCGCUCCCUACCCCAUUAAGAACAUCCACAACGUCCUCGUCAAGCGUGUGACGAUGCGCGGCUUCAUCGUUAGCGAUCCCGGGAUGGGCGAUAAAUAUGCCAAGGAGCACCAGGAGCGCGUGCAAAAGUGGAUCAAGGAUGGCUCAUUCAAGGCGCUUACCCACGAGACUGUUGGCGUGGAUAACGCUGCCGAAGGUCUGGUUGGCAUCUUCUACGGCAAGAACAAGGGCAAGGCCGUGCUGAAGUUCUAA